AUGUUGCCCCCGGUGAUUAUUAUUUCAAUAAGUAUUGUAGCUGUGGAAGCUGCUGUUGGAUUUAUUGGAAAUGGAUUUAUUACAGCUGUUAAUGCCACUAACUGGUUCAAAACCAAAAAAAUUUCCUCUGCUGACAUGAUCCUCAUCUUUCUGAGCACAUCAAGAUGGAUCUUGCAGGUGACUGUACUGAUGCACAUCCAUAGUCUCUAUUUUACAGAUGCGUUUAAGUUGGCUGCUGUGUACAAAGCUUUUGGUGCUGUGUGGAUGUUUGUGAACCAUUCCAGUUUGUGGUUCAGUACCUGGCUCUAUGUACUUUACUGUGUAAGGAUUAUCAAUGUCACCCAAUGGCUGCUGCUGCAAAUCAAGCUCAGGAUAGCUGGGAUGGUCCCGUGGCUGCUCCUAGGAUCAUUGGUGAUCUCUUCUAUGACUUCCCUUCCUUUUCUGUGGAUUACAUCCAGCACUUACCUCUGCAGCUCAACAGGAAACUGUAGAGAAAACAGCACAGCACAGAGCACUUACUGGGAUAGCUCACAUCUGUACCUGCUGCUUCUCUACUUCAUAGGUUGUUUCUUCCCUCUAGUGCUAUCUGUGGUAACCUCAGCUUCAUUAAUUGCUUCUCUGUGGAAACACAGAAAGACUAUGCAAUCUUAUGCAAAUACUUUCAGGGAUCCUUUGAUAGAUGUUCAUCUAACUGUCAUCAAAUCCAUCAUUUCAUUCUUGGUCUUAUAUAUUUCUAGUGUGGUAGCUCAAGUUCUGCUGAUCCUGUCCACAUCUCAAAGAAAAGAUGCUGCAAAAGUUGCAGUAGCCUUAAUUGUAGCUGGGGCAUAUCCUUCCAUACACUCUGUUAUACUGAUCGUGGUCAACUCAAAGCUGAGACUGGCAUUUAGGAUCCUUUGCCAGCAUCUUAAGUGCCUAUGGAAGAGGCCCACAGUAUAG